AUGGUAUCUGAAGAUAGAUUGGCACAAAUUGCACGUCCUGGUUAUCCUUUAUAUGAAAUCCUAAGGGACCAUCGAGCUGCAACAAGCGCGGUGCGAAGACGGUCUAGCAAGGAUAUCAUAAUAGUAAAACUUUCAAUGUGCGAGUACUUGCAGACGACGACGAGCACCGAGAACGAUGCUGUCAUCCACAUCAUUCUAGCAUCAUCAACGAGUGCGAGAAGUAUCGGACGGUUGCUAUGGUUUCGACAGUCUUGA